AUGGAUAAUGAAGAGAGCCAAAAUGUGGUCGAGGAGAAGCAGCAGACUUUGAAUUCAUCAGUUGUAAAUAUCGACGAAAGCAGUGAUGUAUUCAAUCAAACUUGUGUCGAUCUCUCUAAUAAAAAUAUGCAAAGAUUACCAAAUAUUCGUAAAAAUUAUCCCCUAAUGAGAGAAAUAAAUAUUUCUCACAAUCGGCUGAAAUUUGUCAAUAACUUGUCGAAAUUUACAGCUUGUCAAAAGAUUGAUACAAGUUUCAAUGCUAUAGAGCGGUUUUCAUGUUUUUUACCACUUGCCAGCGUUCUAAAAUAUCUUAAUAUUUCACACAAUGUUGUGAGUAAUUGCAACAAUUUGGUAGCUUUAACACAAUUGGUUUGGCUUGAUAUGUCAUACAAUCAUAUUCAGGCUCUCCCAACACUGGAUCGUUUGGAAAACUUGACUUAUUUAAAUAUUUCAAGCAAUCGACUGUGCAUUUUACCCAAUCUGCAUAGAUUAUUGUCCUUAAAAACAUUGAUUGUGCAUGAUAAUAAAAUAAGCACAUUAUCAAAUGUUGGUCGAACAAUACCACUAUAUUUACAAGAUCUAGACAUUGGAGCGAAUGUGAUCAUAGAUCUACGAGAGGCUCAAAAUUUAUCAUGUUUGCGAAGCAUACAGUCUUUAGUAUUUGAAAAGAAUCCUUGCGUUGAUCUCGAGGGUCGCACAUUUUCGUAUCGUCCUUAUUUAUACUCUUGUUGUCUUGAACGCUUACAAAUCAUAGAUGGGCAGGAACUUAGUGAAACGGAAAUAAUCAAAGGCAUUCAUUUUGUGAUCCUUGAUGAGUUAAAAAGAGAAGAACUGCACACUCAAGCUAAAGUACGUCGCAUGGGAACACAUGCUGAGUUAUGUGCCUAUCUGGAAAAAAACUGUCCAGAAGACUAUCAUCAUUCUUUUUCCCAUGAUGACAGCCGUUUGAUGAAGGUUUUGAAAAAAAGACGCGAAUACGUCUCACGACUUAAAGAUGAUGCAACAAGUGACGAAUCAAUGGCGAACACCGCUUCACCAUACAGAGAAUGGCUUCAUAAAUCGGCUUCUUCAGUGCUAAAUAGUUCCAAACUUUCUCUUCAUUGCUCACAACAAAAAGAAAAUUGUGCUCCUCUCGACUUAAAUCAUUUAGUUUCUCAGCCCACAGGAUCUACAGCGACUCCUCCAACUUCGGCAACUUCUAAUAUUUCAUCUCCCUUUCUCAGUAUAUCUGCUCCUUCGUUUUCGCAUUCUACUCCAGUUAGAUCUUGUAUUCAGUUAGUUUUUCGUUUUGCACUACUUUUUUUACGUUUGUUAAUAUUUAUUAAGCAAAAAAAUAGUUUACAAGUUCCUGCUGUUCCAAAGUUACCAACACCUGGUUUGAAUCGUUAUAUUACUCAUAAACAGUGCGAGGAAAUUUCUUUCGUUAGUGCCUGCAAAAGUCAGUACAGCGAAAAGGAAAAAGCAGCAGUCCUCACUAUUGAAUCAUGGUGGAGAAAUAUGCAAUUUCGACGAAUGUCUGAACUUCCAUUUCUUAAAAAACGUCUUGAGCUUUGUGAAAAGAAGCUUGAAGAAUAUAAGGGCAUUAUGGAGAAAUUGAAUAGGCAGUGUAAUUAUUUAGCGCGAACUUUAGAGGAUGUCCAGAAUACUAUGAAACAGCGCAUAGAGAAAGUGACUGAAGCAUGUAACGAGACUCGUGAGCUCGUGAUUAAUAAAUUACUACCCGUUCCCAGUGAGUUAAAUUACAUCCGCCAAUCGCAAGAUGAGAUCAUGCUUGACUGGGUGAACCAUCAAAUGCAGGAAGAACCGACAGGUUACCAGAUAUUCGUCAAUGGUAUGCUCUGUGGUACUGUUCGAGGGCAUCGAAAGAAAGUUAUCAUUAAAGAUUUAAAUCCUGGAAUAAAAUCUGAAAUAAGAAUAGUUAGCCUGUAUCAUCAGUUUAGUGGAGUUCCUUCAAAGGAUCUAGUAGUUCCUCCAUUUGAUCAGGAACCAAAUGGAUAA